UGCGCCGACCACAUGAUUUAGCGCAUACCUUCGCUGCGCAUCACCCACGUCGCAGCCAUCAUUCAUGCCUGCCUGCCUACCUGCCUAGUUCUAGGCGCCUUCAGCACUAGGAGAGCUGAGAAGGAGAGGGUAAAAAAAAAGAGUGUGUAGCCUUCCCCGUACUCUAGUCGAAUCAACACUCGUUAAUAUGAGUAAAAUCCGCAGGCAGCUGAGUUUGUGGGGGUUGUAUGUGUCGCCUCGUCCGCGGUUCUGACUCAUGGGGGAAAGGAAAGAAAGGCUGAUGAGCCAUGCCAUCCAUGGUUGUUGUCUGAUGCAAUGCUGGCUUUAUUUUUCAUUUUCCCCCACAAUAAUAAUAAUAAUAAGGAAAUGCCGACGGAUGGCCGCUCGUUCGCCAUUUACCCGCAUGGCAUGUCAUCCCGGCUCUUUUUCGUCGCCCUUUCCAAUUCAAUUCGCCCUGUGGCUGCCGUCGCCAACAAUCCAACAGCCUCAUCAAAAACCCCCCCCCUUUUCCUCACCGAUGAGGAUGAGGAUGAGGAUGAGGAUGAGGAUGAGGAUGAUGAUGAUGAUGAUGAUGUAUUGGAUCUCGCCCAUCGUAUGACUUUUUGACUCCGCGUACCGCUUCUGCCCUGCCCAGCCCU